UGUAGAAUGUAGAAAACAACGCUGUCGAAGUGUUUGUGAGUGUUUGAUGUUAUAAACGCAAAAAUAUGAUUUUAUCAACGUUAAUAUCGAUAACGCACGAUUGAGUUUUUCAUCUUUUCAUCGAUUUUCAGAAUCACAAACUGACGAAGAUUGUGAAAUCACAAGUACUAUCACAUUUCCCCAAAGUCUCGCGCUAGAAAGCGGAAUCAUGGAAGAGGUUACAAAAUUGGAACAUCUGUCUCUGGUAUCGAAAAUAUGCACGGAGUUGGAAAAUCAUUUAGGUUUGAACGAUAAGGAUUUGGCCGAAUUUAUCAUACAUUUAGCUGAAAAGAACAGCACGUUUGCGGGCUUCAAGAAGGUUCUGAUCGAGAAUGGGGCAGAGUUCUCAGACUCCUUUAUAGCUAAUCUUCUUAGGAUAAUACAGCAUAUGAAACCUGCCAAAACGCCCACCGACAAGUCGUCGAAGAUUGCGAAUAAGCAGGAUAAUCUGGCUAUAAAAUUCCCUGCGCUGGCAAUGCCAAAUGAAGAUCCGCAGGGUUCAGACACCAACAAUGCCAAGGAUGAGGAUAUCGUGAACGACGUUAUGGCCUCUUUGGAGGCAUUUGCACCAUCUAACAAGAAGCACUCUACGGAUCCUCAGAAACACAAUGGUAAGAUCGAGGAGAAGAAGGGAAGCAAGCGAAGCAAGAGAAGCAGAAGCAGAUCGAGAGACAGGAGGAGACAUAGAUCCAGAUCGUCAAACCGGAAAGAAAGAAGACACAGAUCACGUUCCAGAUCUCGGACUCGCAACAGAUCCCGAGACAGAACUCGCAGAAGACAUUCCCCAUCUCGAGAACACAAAAGAUCAUUAUCUCGUGAUCGCAGAGAUGCUAGAUAUUCAAGGAAACGAGACGUAGACAGAUCUAGGUCAAGAUCCGUCGAAGAGAUGCUCUCUGUGGAACCGGAGGUGGGCAAGAUUUACGCAGGCAAGGUCGCUAACAUUGUGCCGUUUGGCUGUUUCGUUCAGCUGGAGGGUCUGAGACGCAGAUGGGAGGGCCUGGUUCAUAUUUCUCAACUGCGGAGAGAGGGUCGAGUGGCGAACGCGAGCGACGUCGUCUCCAGAGGUCAGAAAGUCCUCGUAAAGGUCCUCAGCGUCGGUGGACAGAAGGUGUCUCUGAGUAUGAAGGAUGUCGAUCAAGAAACUGGUAGAGAUCUGAAUCCUGUGGUGGCCAUCGCAAAGGCAGAGGAGGAUGAAAAGCAUCUGCGUAACCCAGACAGACCUACUUCCUUAUUAGAAUUACAGGGCAAUUACGACGAGGACGAGACGUACUCGAGGAAGCGCGUGCAACGCUUGUCGUCGCCGGAAAAGUGGGAGAUCAAGCAGAUGAUGGCGGCGUCUUGCAUUGACAGGAGUGAAUUACCAGAGUUUGACACGGAGACUGGGAUCCUGCCGCGAGAGGACGACGAGGAGGAAGACGUGGAGAUCGAGCUCGUCGAGGAGGAGCCGCCGUUUCUUCACGGUCACGGUAGAGCACUGGGCGAUCUUAGUCCUGUGCGAAUAGUGAAGAAUCCAGACGGUUCCUUGGCGCAAGCGGCGAUGAUGCAGAGCGCUCUGGCGAAGGAGCGGAGGGAGCAGAAGAUGCUGCAACGCGAACAAGAGAUGGAUUCUGUCCCCACCGGUCUGAACAAGAACUGGAUAGACCCGUUGCCGGAAGCGGAAAGUCGUACUUUAGCGGCGAACAUGCGCGGCAUCGGGCUGCAAACGCAAGACCUACCCGAGUGGAAGAAGCACGUGAUAGGCGGGAAGAAGUCCUCGUUUGGUAAGAAGACCAACUUGACGCUGCUGGAGCAACGUCAGAGCUUGCCGAUCUACAAGCUGCGCGAUGAUUUGGUGAAAGCCGUGACCGACAAUCAGAUCCUCAUCGUCAUCGGAGAGACCGGCUCGGGAAAGACGACGCAGAUCACGCAAUAUCUGGCUGAAGCUGGUUUCACGUCUCGCGGCAAGAUCGGCUGCACCCAGCCACGUCGCGUGGCAACCAUGAGCGUGGCCAAGAGAGUGGCCGAGGAGUUUGGCUGCUGUCUGGGCCAGGAGGUGGGCUACACUAUCCGUUUCGAGGAUUGCACCGGACCGGAGACCAGCAUCAAGUACAUGACUGACGGUAUGCUGCUGCGGGAGUGCCUGAUGGAUCUCGACCUGAAAACAUACUCGGUCAUCAUGUUGGACGAGGCACACGAGCGCACCAUUCACACAGACGUGUUGUUCGGCUUGCUGAAGCAGGCGGUAGGUCGUAGACCGGAUCUCAAACUGAUCGUCACCAGCGCCACCCUGGACGCGGUCAAGUUCUCGCAGUAUUUCUUUGAGGCACCGAUUUUCACCAUUCCUGGCCGCACGUUCGAAGUCGAGGUGAUGUACACGAAGGAGCCGGAGACGGAUUAUCUGGACGCAGCGCUGAUCACAGUUAUGCAGAUCCACUUGCGGGAACCACCAGGUGAUAUCCUGCUCUUCCUCACCGGUCAGGAGGAGAUCGACACGGCCUGCGAGAUUCUUUACGAGCGCAUGAAGUCCCUGGGUCCGGAUGUGCCCGAGCUAAUCAUUCUUCCAGUAUACUCGGCUCUACCUUCGGAGAUGCAAACCAGGAUAUUCGAGCCGGCACCGGGCUCGCGUAAGGUCGUCAUCGCCACGAACAUCGCCGAAACCAGUCUGACGAUCGACGGCAUCUAUUACGUCGUCGAUCCCGGCUUCGUCAAGCAAAAGGUUUACAAUUCCAAGACCGGCAUGGACAGUCUCAUAGUGACUCCGAUUAGCCAAGCGGCAGCGAAGCAACGUAGCGGACGAGCCGGCAGAACCGGACCCGGGAAGUGUUACAGACUCUAUACCGAGCGAGCUUACAGAGACGAGAUGCUGCCUACCCCAGUCCCGGAGAUUCAGCGGACGAAUUUAGCCACAACCGUGCUGCAACUGAAAACUAUGGGUAUCAACGAUCUGCUGCAUUUCGAUUUUAUGGACGCGCCACCCGUCGAGUCGCUGAUCAUGGCGUUAGAGUCGUUACACAGUUUAAGUGCCCUCGACAACGAGGGUCUACUGACGCGGCUGGGUCGGCGGAUGGCGGAAUUUCCCCUCGAGCCGAAUCUAUCCAAGAUGUUGAUCAUGAGUGUGCACCUUCAGUGCUCCGACGAGAUCCUGACCAUCGUUAGCAUGCUAUCUGUUCAGAACGUCUUUUACCGACCAAAGGACAAGCAGGCCCUGGCCGAUCAGAAGAAGGCCAAGUUUAAUCAACCCGAGGGCGACCACUUGACUCUCUUGGCGGUCUACAAUUCCUGGAAAAAUAAUAAACUGAGUAAUGCUUGGUGCUACGAGAACUUUGUGCAGAUCAGGACGUUGAAGCGUGCCCAGGAUGUGCGCAAGCAACUACUGGGGAUAAUGGACAGGCACAAACUGGAUGUGGUAUCGGCUGGCAAAAAUACCGUGCGCAUACAGAAGGCGGUGUGCUCGGGAUUCUUCAGGAACGCCGCGAAGAAGGAUCCGCAGGAGGGAUACAGAACCUUGGUCGACAGCCAAGUGGUUUACAUCCAUCCGAGUAGCGCGUUGUUCAAUCGUCAACCCGAAUGGGUCAUCUAUCACGAAUUGGUGCAGACUACGAAGGAAUAUAUGAGAGAGGUGACAACCAUCGAUCCCAAGUGGCUGGUGGAGUUUGCGCCCGCGUUCUUUAAGUUCAGCGACCCGACCAAGCUCAGCAAGUUUAAGAAGAAUCAAAGACUGGAGCCGCUCUACAACAAAUACGAAGAACCGAAUGCCUGGAGAAUAUCCCGGGUUCGCAGAAGACGCAAUUAAAAGAGUCUCUCGUCUUCGUUCUAUGUAAAUAUCGUUCCACAUUAUAGCUAUUUCAUCUGCUUGCUUUUUUUUUUUUUAUUAUUAUUAUUAUUAUAGGGAUAGAGAAAGAUGUGAUUCUAGCUCAAAGUAAUGUUUUUUUUUACCGCAGUAACUUGUAUUUACAAUGACAAGACUUCAUGAAGCAGAAAACAUUUUUAUUUUGCAUGUAUAACAUAAUACUCGCUUGUUCUCAUGUAAAAAAAUACUUUGCUCUAUUAUUAGGAAAAGCAAAGACUAAAGAUAAUAUCGCAAAGAUAUUAUACGACUUGAUUUUAUUAUAAAUUUUGUAAAGUCACGAAAAAAAAAAACAGAAGAACCUCUAUAAUGUAAUCAUUGAAUUAUAUGUACAAGAAUGCAAUUAUAAAGAUUACGAUUUACGAAUCUUUACAAUGUACAUAUUUGUAAACGUUGUAAAUAUUACCAUGUUCCCAUUAAAAUUUCAUUAUUUAUCAAAAAGAUCUGUUUCUUAAAGUAUGAUACAAAUUCUUUAUUAAUCAGUCUUUUUAAAGAAGAGGGCAAUAUUUUAAGAUUGCACACACAUUUUCAGUCUUUCUUCCCUCUUGUUUAAUAUUAUUAAAUUUAUUAUAAAUAAAUACAUUCUCGAUAACAUUUAAUAAGAUGUGACAAUAGGAGAAACAUGUCCCUAUUUAAUUUAUUCUCUUCCCUUACCUUUAGUUUCUUUAUGUUUGUAUUACGAUGAAACCGAGUUUUGUGUUAUGGACGCAUAUAUAUAUGUUAUAUGUUACACUUAUAACACGGUUGAAACAUCAUAAGAGAAUCUGUAGAAAAUUUACAGUUUUUUAAAUGAGAUAUAUUAAUAUAUUCGGGCGAUAUCACUUUUUCUUGUUUUUCCGCACUUGUGCUAUAGUUCAGUAAAAUACUAUUUCUUGGCUCAAUAAUAUACAAAGUCUUCGGAAAAACAGAAUCUUGUUUAAAUUGAACUAUUGAGGUUGUUGCUUCUUUUUCACUAAUUCUACCAAUUGUCUAUAGCGCGCUUGGCAUUCUUCCUAUAAACAAAUGAUAAUCUCUAUAUAUAAUUCACUACACAAGGAAGAAUGUAUCAAAUAAAAAUCUCUUACUUUUGUUUUUCCUUCGA